AUGCAUGAAUUACAUCAUUUAAGAUGUAAGGAAACAAAGAAAGUAUCACAAGAACAACAAGCAAUGGAAGAGAAAAAGAAAGAAGAACCAAUUGUGAAAAAUCUUCGUAGUCGUACUAUUGUAUAUCCAACAAGCAAACCACUUCAAUAUUCAACGUCUAAUGCACCAGCUAGAAUUCUUCAUCAUCGACAUACUGCAUCUUCUGUCUAUCCAUCAAAAGAUCAUCUUGUUCCUCAAGCUUUGCUUCCCGAAAAAAAGAAAUGCAUUCUGGUCGUCCGAAGACUGUUUUAUCAGAACAAGGCAAAGAUUUAA